AAAGAGACAGGGAAACAAUCAGCACGAGGCAAAGGCGCUGCCAAGCAUCAUGCUGGGGUGCCAGCAAUGGCCCACCCUGAGGGAAACAUCUCCCAGGGGUUACCCAGUGCUUGUGAACAGCUGGGCUGGGGACCAGCCUUGGCUCUCAGGCUUCUCCCAGGCUCCACAAGGCAACGGGCAUGCGCUCAGGGCAUGACACGGCCACGACUGCAAGAUGCUGGGGUCACUUUCCCAAAGGGUCAUCCACAGCCCAGCCAGAGCCACAGCAGAUGAUGGGAGCAAGCUGAGAAGGACCAGUUUACCAGGGAAAUUAUGUGAACUGGCUGGGGAUACAGCCAGAAGUGUCUCCCAGAGGCUGCUGGAAAUGAGGUGGAAGAGGAACACCUGUGAGUGCCAAUAUCAGAUUUGGCCUGUGAGGAAAUCACACCUGGAUAGGUCAGGCCCAGAUCUACUCACUCUGGACUUUAUCAAUGAUUAGUGAAUGUAACAACUUUGCACAUUUUUAUUGGUUGUUUUCACCUCAUGGGGAUAUUGGGCGGAGUGAGUUAAAAGCUGAAGUCUCAGGAGGAGGAAUGUAAAUCAUUCAGGUGACCUUACAGCUGGGAAUAACUCUUGAUAAAGCAUGUAAACAGUAGCCAAUGAUUCACUAGCAUGGAUCUUAACAGUACCUGUGUCUACUUAUCUCUGUAUCUCCCUGUACCUUUGCCUGGUGCUGCUUCAGGGAUCCCCUGGUUAUCAAGAUAACAGAAAUAAAUUUACUCUUUGUGUUUUAGCCAUCGAUUGUCCUGCCUGCCUGUGCCAACUCACACAGUGGAGGAUUCAGAAGCUCUUUUCAGCAAGGAAACUUUCUACUUCACAGUUCCUAGCAGCUCUUUGCUCUGAGUCUCCAACUAUGGCAGGCUUCAGAGAGCAGAAACUGAACCACCUUGUUUAAUGUGCCCAAAUUGAUUGCUUUUAGAACUAAAAACCUCUUCCAAACAUGCCCACAGGUGAAAUACAAAUUGGUGGUUUAUUUUGAGAAGAACAUGGCGCAGGAGAUCUGCUGGCACUGGCCAUGGUUCACUGUCAGUUAUCUCUGGGCUCCCUCACCAGACCCCAUCUUCCCUGGGAUCACACAUUAGCCCUGGGAAAUAAUGUAAAAUCCAUUAAUUUGUUUGUGGUGGCCAACAGAUAUUUCUCCUCUCCUGUUUUUCCCAACUGCCUGCCUCAACAGUCUCAUACCAUCCCAGCAGGAGCCUCCCCCACACCAACACCUGGUCCAGGCACAAAAGAGCAGAAGUGAUGUGGCCUCUGCUGUCUAUGUCCUGUGGUCACGGACUUCAGCGGUACCCUGACAAUACCACUCUCACCCCACCACAGCUGGACAAGGCUUCAGGAAGCACCCCCUGGCUGGGAGAGUUGCAUGAGGACCUCCCUGUGGAAAAACUGGCUCCAGUCCAGCCCUGAAAAAAGUCCCUGAUCUCAUCGCUGCCCUGCAAGAGUCCUGCAAGUUGUGGGGAGGAAGAAUGGGGCAAAAGUAAAAGACCUGGCCUGUGUUUCACCCAGACAGCUUGGGCACCAGGCACAGCAGGAGCUGGGCACCCGCGGGUUGGCAGCAGGGUGGGUUCUCACUGCGCCAGGACUACUCAUGACGUGGAAUAAUACACACUUGCAAGAAACAAAUCAGCUGGAGCCAGGAUCUAUCAGAGAGCAUGUUUCUCCCUAGUAGUAUUUCAGUGGGACACAGCAAGCAGAGGAAGACAAGCUGGAUGUAAAGAGAGCUGGAAGAACAGGGAAGCAUGGUGAUUCCCUGCACAAGCAACUUGUGUGAGUCCCAUUUUAGCAAAGCAGAAGGCAGGGACGGGGGGAUCCCACAGCUCCACUGGCCACCACUUUUGGAAAGCCCACGUUCUGAACCUCCGGAUUUUGCAGAGAGCAGCGUGACACAGCAGAACCGGCCGGAGCAGCACCGCUGCCGCUCGCAGCCCUCAGCGCCGAGGCCGGCCCCGCUCGGCCCGUGCCCGCCGCGCCAGGGCGCAGCCCAGGCACGAGAGGGCGGGUUGGGGCACGGCCCGGAACAGCCCAGCGGCGCGCCCUUAAGGGUGACACGGCCGAUUCUUCGCCGGCUGCACCUCAGGUGACUUUCACACCGGGCAGGGCACGGUGCGGACAGCAGAGCCCCGCGACAGCAGCGACUCGUUCAGGCCGGUGACAGCGGCCGAGCGUGCAGAGAAAAGCAUGUUCCUCCAUGUUUCUGUCAGAAGCACUGUCAUUGUGCAAUCACCUCCUUGACUGAGAGCACGCUUGAGCCUCCCGCAACUGAGAGUGGAAGAGGUGUGACUGCCUCUUGGAAAACUGGCUCCAAGUCUUCCCAGUGUGGUGAUGUGAAAAUAAUCCAUAGGGCCACUCACAGCAAGAAAGACACAGAGGUGCUGGAGUGUGUCCAGGGAAGAGCAGCGGAGCUGGGGAAGGUCUGAAGCACAAGUCUGAUGAGGAGCUGAUGGGGAGCUGGGACGGUGCAACCUGGAGAAAAGGAAACUCGGGACCAGGACCAUUAUCAAUCUCUACAACUCCUGAAGUUGCCAACCCUGUCAGCAUCAAGGCAGCUGCGGCCAAGGUUGGGGAGCACCUGGGGGGCUCUGGGCUCAACCUCCUCAUCAACAACGCUGGAAUGGUCAAGCCUAAGAUGCUUGAGGCUGAAACAUUGGAGGACAUGACUGAUACUUACACCACCAACACGGUUGGACCCAUGCUGAUGGGCCAGGCGUUUCUGCCCUUGCUGAAGAAGGCUGCCCAGGGGAGCCCAGGCUCAGGGCUAAGCUGCAGCAAGGCUGCCAUCGUCAACAUGUCCAGCAUUGGCGGCUCCAUCACUUCUUGCUUUGGUUGGGAGAUGAUGCCAGUUGCCUCGUACCGCUGCAGCAAGGCUGCUCUGAACAUGCUGAGCAAGUGCCAGUCCCUGGCAUACAAGGAGCACGGCAUCCUCUGCGUCGCUCUCCACCCCGGCUGGGUGCAAACUGACAUGGGCAGCUCUGCCGGACACACGCCCCCUGUGACAGUGGAUGACAGCGUGCAAGGGAUGCUGAAGGUCCUCUCCUCCCUCUCUGAGAAGGACACCGGCGCCUUCCUGGACUGGGAAGGGAAGGUCGUGCCCUGGUGAGGCAUCACAUCAGGAUCCUGGCAGCCAAGAGGUCCCUUUGGCACUGCUCCCACCUCCCCACAUCCUCAAUAAACUCCUGCUGA